AUUUACGAAAUAAAUAGUUAUUAAAUCAGUUUUGAGCGUAAUAAUCGCUGUAAAAGACUUCCGUGCUUAAGUAUUUCGACAAAACGAGCCGCAUUUUCUAACCGCGAUUGAAAUUUUGACGUUAGCCGCGCCCCUGUCAAAAGGUGUGAAGUGGAUCGGAUUUUGUACAGAAAAAAAAUAUCGUAAUGCUGUCCGGGUCGGACCGUGCACUCUAAAAAGUGUUAAAUAAUCAUGUCCUUAGAGACCCGGUCCAGUUCGGCGCUUUUUAAAAGGGCCGAACAGCUCAAAAGAUGGGAGGAAUCGGACACGAAUCGCGAACCAGUGUCACCGAAGCAAAAAUCUCGCAAAGUUAAGUUCUCCUCGGGAUGUGUUUUCUUGGCCGCGUGUGCGGCCGGCGACAAGGAAGAAGUGCACAAAUUGCUGGGCAAAGGGGCCGACAUAAACACGGCGAACGUGGACGGACUCACGGCCCUCCAUCAGGCCUGCAUAGACGACAACCUGGACAUGGUAGAGUUCCUCGUGGAGCACGGUGCGGACGUGAACAGGGGGGACAACGAGGGCUGGACCCCCCUGCACGCCACUGCCAGCUGCGGCUUCGUCUACAUCGCCAAGUACCUUAUCGAAAAAGGGGCCAACGUGGCCGCUGUCAACAAUGACGGCGAGCUGGCCAUCGACAUCACCGAGAGCCAGAAAAUGGAGGACCUGCUCAAGGACGAGAUUCGGAAAAGAGGUAUUGACUGUGAUGCAGCUAGAAACGACGAAGAGAUUCUAAUGUUAAGAGACGCCAAAGAAUGGUUGGCGACAAAAAGUUCCUUGGUUAACGAGCCCCACCCCAAAACGGGGGCCACAGCCCUUCAUGUCGCCGCUGCUAAAGGCUAUCUAGAUGUAAUAAGGAUUUUACUUCAAAGUUCAGCAGAUAUCGAUGCGCAAGAUGCUGACGGUUGGACCCCUUUACAUGCUGCGGCUCAUUGGGGUCAGAUUGAUGCCAGUCGAUUGCUAGUUGAAAAUUUGGCAGAUAUGGAUGCUAAAAAUUAUGUGGGUCAGACGCCGUUCGAUUUGGCCGACAACGAGAUGCUCGGCUUCCUCGACGACUUGAAGAAGAAACAGAACAAGGAGGAGGUGAACAAGAGGAAAGCGAAGAAGAGGGCGGAGGAGGAGGUUAACACCAUCGAGACGGACAGUCAGUCGCAGGUGAAGAAGGUGAAAGUGGAAAUUACCGGUGGUAAUGAGGAGAUUAAAGAUAACGAGAUCGAAAUGGAGGUGUCUAGCGAGAGCGAAUCGGAUAGCGAAACGGAGACCUCUGAAGAGUCUGAAGAGUGCAGUAGCGAAGAAGAUGAAAAGAAAAAUAGGGUCAAUUCGCAGACUAUCACGGACAAAAUCACAAUCAAAGAACCGAAUAUUGUGAAACCACAGUCUGUGACGAAAACCAUUGAUAACACAGAGGAAAAAAUGCCUUGGAGACAGACAAUUAAACCAAAGGGUGAACUAAACAGUCCAGAGAAAAGUAGUGUUAAUAUUAAAGAUUUUAAAAAUAGCACGCCAGACAUUACAAAUGAAAACGAUUUCACUCUAAGGAGGACGAAAAGCUUCCAAAAUGAUGAAUUGUUCUACGCGAGAUACAAGGCUCUGCAUGCGCGCAUUCAAGCAAAUAACGAUAGCAAUUACUAUAGCCACUCUUCCGCUAGGCCUAAGUCAGACAUUAUUAUAACCAAUAGCAGAUCAAACAAGGAAGAAAAGAGCAAUGACGUCACAGCUAGCACUGCCAAUAGCGCCCUCAUUUCGUCACCCAGCAAAACAUCACCGAUUGCGUCACCAGUAACCCCUCCCACAACCCCUCAAUCUCUCAACAACCAAUCGGCGUUCAGAAGUGGCCUAAAAUUGGCCCUGAACCGAACGCCGGCCUCUACGACCAACGGAAGCUCCGCCCCUUCCACGCCCACGGGAGCGGGCGCGUCCACGACUACAAGCACGGCCACGCCUACCACGGUAACCACGCCUACUACUACUACUACGGUAACGACGCCCACGACUCCAGGGGGCACUCGGUUCCAGAUCUUUAAGAAUUUCUUCAAGUCCUUUGUGCCUCCAGUAAGGGACGAGGAGAGCGAGACUCAGAGGAAAGCUCACGCGAAACGCGUGAGGGAAACGAGGCGAUCCACUCAGGGCGUUACCUUGGAGGAGAUCAAGUCUGCGGAGCAGUUGGUUAAGUUGAAAAAUCAACCUAAUAACAACAAUAAUGACACGACCGGAGGAGGCGGAGACUCUACUAACCCCACCGUCAGCGUAUCGGUGACGAUCUCGACGGGCACGCCCACCGUGGUCACGAGGAGCGACAGCACACCCUCGGGGGGCGUGGCCAGCGACGCGUCUACAAACGGCGCGGGGGAGGGUCAACUGAACGCGCAGGGCGGAGCUCACGAGCGCCGGCCCUCCUGGCGACUGAAAGUGGACGGCAGUAGCAAGUUCAAACUGGAGGACGCGACGAAACCGGAAAUUCCCGUGACGCCAUCUUACGUGAGACGACUGAACCCGGCCAGUACUGUGGGUCAGCGACCUACCUCGGCGCCCAUCGACACAGCGGAGACCACCGUGACGAUACCUCUGAGGCGACCUAAGUCAUUGGAUGAGAAAGAGCAAGACAAAGAGAAUGACGUAAGGAACGCUCAAGCGACGCUGGCGACACAGGCGGCGAUCCAAAGAAGGAGGCGACCUAAGAGGAGAUCGACGGGAGUGGUCUCGUUUGACAAUAUGGAGGAUAUGGACCAAGAAAAAGACCCAUCAGCGGGAGGUGAUACCACAGAAACGUCGAAGCUUAACAGCCAAGAGAGCGGUUCAGAACGAAGUAGCAGAUCGAGAAUCAGCAGCUUGGCGGACAUAAGGAACGAGAACGGAGAAAUAGACUACAAGAAAUUGUACGAGGACCAGCUCGUGGAGAACGAGCGACUCAAAGACAAAUUGAGGAAAUCUGACGAAGAGUUGAGGGAAACCAAACAGACUUUAGAAAGACUCAACGUUGUUACUAGUAAAAAUUCUUUAUCGGAACUAGAAAAACGGGAGCGGAGAGCUAUGGAACGAAAACUAAGUGAAAUGGAGGAAGAACUGAAGCAAUUGCAAAAAUUGAAAGCCGAAAACGAACGGCUAAAGGCAGACAACCGGUCUCUGACCCGUGUGAUCAACAAAUUGACGAAUUCGGCGAGACCAUAGAACCUGGAAAACUUGAAAACGGAGAACCAGCGACUCAAAGACGAGAAUGGCGCCCUCAUACGAGUCAUCAGCAAGUUGUCCAAAUAGCAUAGGGCCUAACCCUUCCUUCUAUAUGUUUGUUUACUUUUUAUUUGUUGUCGAUAGGUAAUAUUAUUGCAUUUUUUUCUAGAGCAUCAAGGGGAGAUCAGAACGAAAACUAUAGGUUAUGGUAAAAUGCCUAAAAAUGUAAUUUUUACUUUUUAUUUAGGUAGAAAUGGAACAAUUUGUUCAAGGUGAUUCAUUUAUACAUACAGGGUCUUGUUUAAAUCUCUCAAUAUAGUCCAUAAAAUGAAUAACUUUGAAUUUUGACCGUUAUUUCUUACCAACACGGCAAAUAUAAAAUCCCUCUAUCAAAAAAGUUACUGAUAUCCUUUAAAUUGAGUGCCUGAACGAAUCAGAUAG